AUGCUGAUAGUGGUUGACAUUGUCCACAUUGGUUACACGGUCGGGCACAUACUUCAUUCAUCAGGUGAAUGUGACCUUUCUCAGACUCGGCCUUCUCUCAGCGAGGGUCUGCGUGGACUGCAAACACUGCCCACUGCCAUCGGUCACCAGCAGAGCAGAGCAGCCCAGAGCAAAGCAGAGCAGAGAAGCUCAGAGCAGAGCAUCCCAGAGCAGAGCAAGCCAGAGCAGCCUAGAGCAGAGCAGCCUAGAGCAGAGCAGCCUAGAGCAGAGCAGCCUAGAGCAGAGCAGCCAAGAGCAGAGCAGCCCAGAGCAGAGUUAAGCAGAGCAGGGCGAGCAGAGGGGGCUCUGUGCCACAUACAUAUUCACCAGGUUCUGACCAGGGAUGUAAUUCCGGACACGUGCAGACCUUUUCACAUGGAAUUUACAGACGCAGAGGAAAACGACUUUCAGACGCUUGGAACCUGA